AUGGUAGAACCAGUGAAUUCCAUGGGCCUGGGCCCAUUGCCACCCUUCACUUGCUGUGAAAUGAGUCCCUUGAUCCGAGGUGAUGCUGUGUGGAAUACCAUGAUGGUGGAUAAGGCAUUCUGCAAGUCUGCAGAUGUUUGUUUUGGCAAAAACAUUGCAUCCAGGGAAGCAAGCAAGUGGAGCCCUGGUGGUGUGGUGGUAAAGAGCGUGGCUGAUAACCAAAAGGGGAGAAUUGCAGUAUUAACAGGGAAUUCAGACGAAAAGAGUCCUGGCAUUAGGAAACUUGAGGGAUUUAGUCCAUUGUCUCCAGUUGAGGAUUUCUCCAGGAUCAGAGGCCUUGGGAGGGUUUGCUUGCCCCUCUGGAGUAGGUUCCACAAUGUAACUCCAGGACUUAUAUUCUUAGGUUAUUUCAUGGAGGGCCUACAUGAAGCAUUAGCAGGUGCAGGAGUUAAGAUCAGGUCUGCUUACAUAUCUACAAGUGAAAGUCAGGGACAAACUAUAAAGGCGACAGCCUCAUUUUACCCCAAGGCUUGGGAUUCAUCUAAACCACCACCCCUAGUCGCUUUCGAAGAAGCGUCAGUUUACAAACUCAGGUGUGAUGUGUUACUUGGAGUUGUUGGAUCUUCGGCCAAGAUCCACAUACAAGGUACAGCCAAUCUACUCAUAGGUUACCCGGCUGGGCCAAUUAUAGAUUGGAUCAAUCGACAGUCCUGGGUUGAAUCACUUGUCUUCAAGUUGCUAAGUACUAAUUUUGCAUCCCCUGAAAAAAAAGUGAUGGAGCAAGUGCACAUGUGGACAGCUAUGCACCCAUGACAGCAUAUGAUAUGGUUCAUGGAUCUCUAGACUAGUGCGUGGAUGGGAUGAUUGCUGUCAGACCUGUUAACUUACGAAAUCCCUGCAUUUAUGGAGACUUCAAAAAAUGUUAAGGCUUGGCUCGGUAACCUCUUAGAGUAUGGUGAAGCAGUUUGACACUCUGCUGUUGCCCAGUUUGCACCAUGGAAAUUCCCGAGUCUAUCAGCAGCAGCCAGUUAUUAGACAAAGAAACACACUGUACCCUCUGGUGCCUUUGCUGCUCCAGAAUGAACCCCUAGAGCCACUGUAACGAUUCCUGUGCUUGCCGGUGCAUCAGGCAGCCUCAUUGUUAGGUCUGGAGGGCUCAGUGGCCCUGUGAGUGCUGACAUAGCAAACAUACUUACAAUGCUCCAUAUUAUAGGCUUUGAAAACUGAACCAACCUCCCAAAAAAAUCUAUUUUGAUUAUUAGUUUUCUUAUGAAAAGAGGAAGCAAGCUUAAGGAUUGACUAGAGAGAAUGGGCUGUUUCAGUUCUAGUCCAAAGGCAUGGUGGAGACCUGAGCAAGUACUGUGUUCCUCACGGUACUUGGGGCCUUUGCUCAGAAGGGCAACCAACAGCAGAUGAAACGAGCAGGGACACGAGGGGCAAUGAACACAAAUGGACUUUCUAGUCCCUCCUCUCUUCCUUUCAGUGCCCGCCCCCCCAAUCUCUUCCCAUUAAGUUCAAAGGGACGAGUUUUAGGGAAGGGGUGAGGUGAGGCUUCAAUGGGUAUUAUGCGGUUGAGCAAAGGCCUUUUUAGGUUUUGCCAUCUACUUCUCCAAUGCUCUAGCCCUUGUCUUUCUUUUUAAAUUAAGGGCCUCUAGCUCACAUGAGGAAACCCUGAUGGUGUAGCAGUUAAGAGCUACAGCUGCUAACCAAAAGGUCGGCAGUUCAGAUCCACCAGGCGCUCCUUGGAAACCCUAUGGGGCAGUUCUGCUCUGUCCUGUAGGGUCACUAUGAGGCGGAAUUGACUCCACGGCAACGGGUUUUUUUUUAGUUCACAUGGAGUGGGGAUCAGGUAAUCAGAUAGGUCACAAGAAAAAAGUAACAGUGGGGAGGUGGGGAAGAGAUAUAAAAGUUUAAAGCCACUUAUUAUAAAUUAAGCAUAUAAAACUAUAUAAAAGAAUCAUAAAAGUACUUAAAAUUAUACUUUUGUUUGGUUGAGGAGGGAGAUUAAAGAAAGUAAAUCUUAGAUGGGGAGGAAAAAAUGAAAGCCAGGAUGGGAUGAGGAUAGGGGAAGUGGCCUGUUACACUGACUUAGCUCAGAGGUUGAAUUUUAAGAAGGAUUUUGAGUUUCAGGAAAAUUAAUGUUAGGCUCGGACAAUGAGUUUCUGCCCUUCAAAAUGCUAAUUAAUUGAUUAGCCUUCCAUCCUAGCGUCUGAGUGCCAUAGCCAUCCCAGCAUCCCCGGGAUAACCACAACCACACAUGAGAGGGGAUCCUUCCCUAGACUGCAGAAACAGACAAUUCUGCCUUGUGAUGUGGCCCUCAAAGGCCAAAGAUGCCUCAUCCUACCAAAAGGAGAAGCUAAGUCAACAAGGAACAGACCAGUGCAAUGCCUAACUGCAAACUGCUUAUCAAAGUCCUUAGAGAAGUCCUUUAUCUUCUUGCAGAUACAAUAGGAAAUACUAUUGGCCACUUACCUCCUUUGGCUUGUUACAGCUCUUCGUACCUCUCCAGCCCCCACCACUAUCCUUCCCCACAACAACCAGUAGCCCAUCCACUGUCGCUUGGAGAGUUAAUUUCAGGGCAUAGCCAAGUUUUCUCAAUUGUUUAGCUCCCUUCUGACGAUUUGACUCCCCUUCCAUCCUCAGGGCCAUGUUGAUUUGUUGAAUGGUCAACUGCUUGAAUAUUGCUAUCAUUAAUAUCCUAGCCUGUAUCACUCAGAGUGGUACU